AUGGCAGACAGCGGAGGACGAUUCGUGUAUCGUGUGCGCGGCUUUGGCUCCCUUGUCGACUAUAAGAUGGUCGAGUUUUUACGCGAGCUGGAUGCUCUGUUCGUGUGCAGUUGGUGUAGCAUGGCUACGGAGAACAAGAUGAAGCUGUUGUCUUGCGGACACAUCAUCUGCGAAGAAUGUGCCUGUCAAAUAAGCGUUGAGAAGUGCCUGGUUGACGGGAAGACCGUAUCUCGCACCAUAGAAGUGAAGUGGCCAUCAUACAGAACCUACAAGCACGACAUCGCGAGCGAGAAAGUUCGCUGUGUCAAUGCGAUGCUUGGUUGCGAGUACGAAAACAAGCUUGAAAAGUUGGAUUAUCACCUGAGGCAUCAGUGCACCUUCCACAUGGUCGCGUGCCCCAGAUGCAGGAGUGGCGUGCCUUACAAGAGUCUGAUCACACACUUCCUAACGUGCAAGAUCGAGUCGCAAGCCUCGUCAAGCUCAAGUGCCGCGAAGUAUCUCCUGGAGGACUUUGUUAACGCUCGCAAAGAGCUCGACCAUGCUUUAGAAUCAACAGAUUCUGAUGGGAUGCACUGCGAGCUCCGCAAGGCCGUCACAUCGGCGAGUAAAAUGUUCGCCCGACUUCAAGCUCAACUAUCCAUGGUUCGUACCUCUCUUUUGGACGGAACUUUGGCACCAGAAUCAUUGUGA